AUGUCUCUUGGUCGUUUCAUCGUUUCUCAGCUCAAAGCCGCCAACGCUGCCUUUAACGCUUCUCCCGCUGCCCGCGCUUCCAUUGUUUCCUCCUCUUCCUCAGCUCGCCCCUUUGUCGUGGCCAACAAUGGAGAUUCCCCAUCCUCCUCUUCCUCUUCUGGUUGUGAGUGCGGUAGCUCUGGUUCCAAUACAUGUGCUUAA